UUUGAGGUAUUUCCUUCCUGGAUUCGAUGUUUCUAUGCGAAAAUCUUCGCUUUGAUUGUGGUUUUUCGAAUAAAUGCUACUCAAUAUAUCUAUAGUAGUUUGGUUCCGUCAGAUUUUCGCUUGCAUGGGAGCAGAGGUUGUCUUGGAUGUUGUACUAAACCUGCACCAAUUAUUGCUGUGGACGAACCAUCAAAGGGACUGAGAAUUCAAGGCCAGACAGUGAAAAACCCCAGCAUUUCAGAAGAUUUCUGGAGCACCAGCACAUUUGAAAUGGACAAUAGUGCAGUACAGUCUCAGAGAAGCAUCUCGUCGAUCAUCACGUCAGACCAGACUCUUGAUCCCCAUGGUGGAUCUUCCAUCUCGUCCAACCCUCCUGAAUUUAUGAAUCGUGGUCUUCUUCUCUGGAAUCAAACUAGGCAACAGUGGAUUGGACAUAGAAGGCCUGAGAAUCGGACACAGCAAAUCCAAGAACCCAGAUUAAGCACUCAUUGUCUCUGGAUGCUUAAAACAUUCUGGCCUUGCAGUUGGAAUGCUACUUAUGACAGUUUACUAGGGACCAACAAGCCCUUCCCCCAGCCCAUACCUCUUGCUGAAAUGGUAGAUUUUCUUGUGGACAUAUGGGAGCAAGAGGGCAUGUUUGACUGAUACUGAGAAAGGUGGGCUACAUCUACAAGUUUUCUGGAGAUAAAGAGUACAGCACCACCACUGUAACUAUCCGGGCUUUUGGUGUCAUGGAAAAAACCGAUGGCUUUCACAUUAACUGUUAAAUUAUCGGCAUCAUGCUACUCUGCACACAACCUUUCAGUUUGCAGGUCCUUGUGAAAAUGUCACUCCACUGAAUCAAUCUGUAACAUUAUAAGAGGGAAGCUGAUCGGGUAACCUGUCACCAAUUUUUCUGGUUGAUUAAGAUACCCUUAAAAUUGUCUUCAAUUAUAAAUGGCUUCUUCUAUCAAAUUGGAAUAGAAAUAUAUCCCUUUUUCCAUUUCAA